AUGUCGCGUCGCGCGCCGCCCCCCGCGGGUCCCGGCCUCGCCCCCGCGCCGCUUCGACGCUCCGUGGACGAGGCCGCGCUGAACGCGAAACUCAGGGAGCUCAGAGAGGCGAUGAGCAAGGAGAAGGUGGCGCGCGAGGGCGCGCGCGCCCGCCAGGCUGCGGGGGGCGGCCACAUCUGGGCGUCGUCGCGCGCGUCCGCGAACGCCGUCCGCGUGACGCGCAACGGCGGCCGACUCCGCGAGCUCAGCGCGGAGGAGCUCGAGCGCAUACAGAGGAUCAGGCAGGAGGAAUCCCCGAGCGCGCGAGCGGAGGCGGCGAUGCGACGCGCGGAGGCCGAGGGCGCCGCGGACGGAGGACGCCGGCGACGCCUCGCGCCCAUCGAGCACGCGCCGACGACGUACCACCCGCCGACGCGGGCGCCGCCGCGUCCGACGCGGCCGCGGUCGCCGCGGUUCAUCGAGCACGUGAUAUACUCCACCGCGCGGGGGCCGACGCCGACGCCGGCGCCGCCGCCGGGUGGGCCGCCGAGCCACGCGCGGCCGAGGAGCGCGCGGCCGGGCGGACACGGCGCGUACCGCCCGAGGACCGCGGAGCUGAACGAGCCGUUGGAAGAGUUCGGCGGGGAGCUUCACCACGCGCCGGAGCCGGAGCCGGAGCCGGAGCCGGACGCGCGAUUCGGGACACGCGGCGGGCGGGUGGAGAUCGUGAACGAGACCCCGAGCCUGUGGGAGGGCGAGGUGGACGAGGAGGCGAACCGACGGGAGUUCGAGGAAGCGCUGAGGGAGUGGCGGUCGGGGGGCGCCGAGGCGUCGGCGACGGCGACGACGACGGCGACGACGCCGGCGACGGCGGCGGCGGCGGCGAUGGAGACGCAGACGGAGACGGUCGCGGUCGCGACGCGGGAGCGACCGAGGACGGCGCGGCUGAGCGACGUCCCGAAGGGGUCGUCAUACUUUGAGCGUCUGCUCGCGAUGAACGCGGAGCGGGUGGCGGGAAGCGAAGCGAUGCGACGAGGACGCGCCGGCGCCGCGAAGAAAAAGUCAAAGACGGCGAGCGUCGCGCGGGGGUGA